CGCAGCUCGUGACGCCCAGUAAAAACAGUGUGACCCAACAGCCGGUGCUGCGCGUGCGGUACUCAUACAGCCCGUCUCGAGAGGAUCACCGGUGCACUUCAGGUGGCUGUCGCUAAUGGAAACCAGACAACAAGAGUUGUACUCUAGUGUUCUGAGUGAUGCGGUGGUGGACUGGGGCGACACAGGGCCUGAGGAGGAGUGGGUUAACUCAGCCCCGCACGAGGGGGAGCAGGUUAGGAGGCACCCUCACGGUGACGGCUUGACUCAAAUGUUUCACAACGGGGAAAACCUGACAGAGACAGCAUCGGACAUGCAGACUGAUGAGUGGGAUAAAGCGUCACCAGUGGGGAAGGAUAGAUGGGGUCGGACACCACUGUCCCACUCUGACAACUGGGUCAUGUCCACCACCUGGGACAUGCAGCUGGACAGCUCAGAGGGCGGACACCUCAGCGCAGGUUUCAUGGACUCUCAGCCACUGAGAGAGGCUGAUGAAGAUUUGGUCUCAGAAGUCAACUUAACCAACUCCGUCAUGACAGAGGAGGAGAGAGAGGAGAUUCAGCAAGAACUGGCAAAACUGGAAGAGGAGAUCAACACAUUAAAACAGGUUUUGUCGUCCAAAGAGAAGCAGCACGCCGAGCUCAAACAGAAACUGGGCAUCACUCCCCUGAGCGAGAUCAGGAACAACUUCAGCAGAGGCUGGCAAGACAUGCAGAGCUCAAUGGCGUAUAAGAAGACAUCAGAAACGCUGACUACAGCAGGACAGAAAACCACAGCAGCCUUUAGCACCCUCGGAACUGCCAUCAGCAGGAAGUUUGGAGAUAUGAGCAUGAUUGGUCUAGAGUUACUGUUCCCUCGGAGGUCCAACUCUAUAGGAUACUCUAUCAAACACUCUAUGAGCAUGCCUACCAUGAGAAACUCUCCCAGCUUCAAGUCUUUUGAGGAGAAAGUUGAGAGCACAGUAUCUACGAUCAAGACUAAGGUUGGGGGUACAUCAACUGGAGGCAGUUUUGAGGAAGUCCUCUCCUCUGCAGCGAACGCCAGCAACCAGGACAUGCCUACUAACAAUGUGACGGAUGCGUCUGAAGGACAGUGUUAAGAGCUGAACCCACACAAUGAGGCAGGACUGAACCAGAAACUCUGUCCCUGCUGAAUCACAGCACUUAGCCCCAUUUACUUAAGGUUUUGACUGAACUGAAAUGAUUCAUAUAACAUUCGAUGACAAGUGUUAAGUUGCUUUUGCAAACAAGCCCUCAAAACUUAAUAUAGGAGUAAACCUAUGUGUUUGGACCAAAUAAAGCAGCAUUUGCCCCCACAUUUAUGUAAAUUCAAGACCUUUAAUGUUUUUACACUGAAUUAUCACGCAUACUUUUUGUGUUUUUACCACUUUUCUGUUAAAUAGGCUGAGUUAGAGACAAAAUCUCUGCUGCCCUCUGCUUGUGUCAUGCAACAGACAUCAAAAACAUGUCACCUGCCCCCUAGUGGUCUGUAAGCCACAUUACAUCACAGAUGUUUAUCAUAAGGAUGUGUGUGGGGAAGAGGUAACAAAACAAAAGAAGGAUAAACAGAUUCCAUGUCAGCUCCAAACCCAUAUGUUUUGGCUUUUACUUCUUCUGUCACUACUGUCGAGCGUUGCAUGCUUUGGCUUGUGUAACAUACCUGUCAUCAUGGGCAAAAACUCAGCUGAGAAACGUGCUCAGAGACACAACAAGUUACUAAUUCUGUCAUUGUAAGCGCAUUCAGCCUAAGUGAAAACAGCUUUUUGGGACCAAAACUUUGCACAUAGAGGAUGAGUCUCACAGCGCUCACUAUAUAAAACUUAUAAAUUAUACAAAUCAUGAUUGCUGUUACCUUUUACAUCAAUAAAACCCUACAUUUUCAUAUUAUUAGAAUUGUGUUAUAAAAACAAGUUAUGUUAAACGCUUAAUGCUGUAAAAAAAAAAAAAAAAAAAAUGUAUAUAACUUAAGAUGAUGUGAUCAACUCAGAUAAACUGAGUCAAAGAAAUACGUGUAGAAAAAAGUCUCAAAGUCAGGCUGUUCAGACUUUGUUGGCACCUAAAAUUUCUAUUUUGUAGGCUAUAUCCAAUUAUACUACUUUUAAACAUGUUUUUGGAAGGAAUAGUAGACUGUAAUAUGCAUUUAAAUAUGUUGAUGUUUGAGGUGGCUCAAACUGUGUGUAUUUGCUUUUAAUUAAUACUUAGUUUGCAAGAAGUAAUCAAACACGAUAUAUGUGCCCUAUACAGUGAGUAUGAAAACAAACAAACAAACAAACAAAAAAAAAACCACUGGACUUUUAUUGAUUUGGUGCAGAUCUGGUUUUGUGAAACACUUUCACAGGAUCUAAAUUAUUAUUUUUUUUAACGCUGCAACAUUACUUAUAUGCAUUUUUAUUCCAAUUAAUGCAAAUGUUGGAGGAUAUUUCUGUCUAAAACUAAUCUAAUUGGGCACAUGUUGUGUUUGAAGCUGUUUUGAGUUUCAUGCACACAUCUUUAAAAUAAAUCUUUAACCUGAAAGUGGUCCAGAUGACAUAGAAGUGUUUUUAAUGUCUCCUGCUGAGUCACAGGAUG